UUGGUUCAUCUAUCAUUUCGUCUGUGCUAGGGUUUUGGAAAAGGUUUGGGACGGAAGGGCGAGGUUUUACUGUUUUAGGUUAAAUUUCAUACGAUAGUUUGGUUGGCUUGUGGCCUUAGGGUUUUUGUGAGAUUCAGUUGAAGAGUUCUCUCCACUUUCUCUAUGGAUCUUUCAGACCUUAAUUCAGUUGAAAUGCAGAAAUUUUACUCUGAAGAACAGCAAAGAGCUAUGGUUAAUGAAAUGGUGGCAAAGCUAACGAGUGAAUGCUGGGACAAAUGCAUCACGGGUACACCUGGGAAUAAAUUCAGUUCAAGUGAAUCUAAUUGUCUUUCAAACUGUGCACACCGUUACUUGGAGAUGAGCAUGCUUAUCAUGAAAAGGUUUCAGAGUAUGCAAUGAAAAGUGUAUCCUGAAAUUUCUCAUUUGCAUGAUCGUCAAUAUUGGAAUCUUAUUAUCUGGAAGCUAUGUUUCUUUGGAUUAAUUUAUAUUUGUUGAGACUCUUGUGUCCAAAUAUUUAGUUUACAUUUGACUUUCCUGAAAUUGUGUCCAAAUAUUUGGCUUUCCUGAAAUUUAUAGAGGAAAACACUGCCUAUUUUGUGAAUUACAA